AUGGUAAUCCGAGUGUCGAUUUCAUUUUUUAUUGUUAUUGUCGUAAAUUUAUUCGUGCUUUCGGUCUCUCAAUGCAACAAUAACGCGAAUUUCACUUCAAACAGUGCGUACCAAAGAAAUCUUGACAAUGCUUUGUCGUCCCUCACCUCUGAUACCAGUAUCACAUACGGCUUCUAUAAYCGGUCUGUUGGUGAAAAYCCCAAUAAAGCGAACGUGAUGGCGUUAUGUAGAGGUGACGUUGAGCCAGAUGAUUGUCGUCGGUGCAUAAAUGACWCUAGAAGAAGACUAAGAGAGAGUUGUCCUAACCAAAAGGKUGCAAYGGAUCWAUGGUCGRAUGGWAAUUGUAUGGUGAGGUACUCUAAUGAAACCAUUUUGGGAAAUCCAGACACUAAURRUGGGCUUCUCUWCUGGAACGUUAACAACGUGUCGGACGUGGAUCRRYUUAAUCAAGCGCUCAACCAGCUGUUGAACCAACUAAGAAAUAAUGCUUCGAGUGGUGGGUCUAGUCGUAAAUAUGCUUCCGGGACCAGCACAAAUGGCCCUUGGUUGACAACCAUCUAUGGGGUCAUGCAGUGCACACCCGAUUUAUCURAGGGUCAAUGUGAAAAUUGCUUGAAUAGUGCAAUGCAACAAAUCCCAAAUUGUUGUKAUGGAAAACGUGGAGGARGAGUUGUAUAUCCUAGCUGCGAUCUCAGGUAUGAAGAUUACCGRUUUUUUAAUGCUACACUGGCUCUUGCACCACCACCAUCGCCACCACCAGCGUCACCACCACCGCCAACGGAGUUGUCUCCACCACUGCCGCCACCAUCAGACAAGAGUAGUAACMCGUCUAUUAUAAUCAUCAUUGCCGUCGUUGCAACCAUUAGUCUUGUGAUACUGGUAGCGACUUUCGUUUGCAUAUUCAUGAGAAGAAAAAGGAAUAUCGAAGGAAGGCUGUCGCAGAAUCUAGACGUAGAUGUCGAUGAAAUUACUACAGCCGAAUCGUUGCAAUAUARCUUUGCUGUCAUUAGAGCAGCAACAGAUGACUUUUCAGAGAACAAUAAGCUUGGACAAGGUGGAUUUGGUUCCGUUUAUAAGGGUAAGUUACCAAAUGGRMAAGAAAUAGCAGUGAAGAGGYUGUCGAAUAAUUCGGGACAAGGUGAACAAGAAUUCAAGAAUGAGGUUUUGUUACUUGCAAGGCUCCAACAUCGGAAUUUGGUUCGUCUCCUAGGGUUUAGCCUAGAAGGGUCUGAACGACUUUUGAUGUAUGAGUWUGUACAAAAUGCAAGUCUAGACCAAUUUAUAUUUGAUCCAGUGAAACGUGCAAGUCUAGAUUGGGAAAUACGAUACAAAAUAAUACAUGGUGUUGCAAAGGGACUUCUAUAUCUACAUGAGGAUUCACGGCUAAAGAUUAUUCAUCGGGAUAUGAAAGCUAGUAACGUUUUAUUGGAUGUCAAUAUGAUUGCUAAAAUUGCGGAUUUUGGUAUGGCAAGGUUGGUCACRCUUGAUGAAACACAAGUCAACACUAGUCGAAUCGUCGGAACCUAUGGAUACAUGGCACCAGAGUAUGCAAUGCAUGGACAAUUUUCAGUUAAAUCAGAUGUUUAUAGUUUCGGUGUAUUAGUACUYGAAAUAGUAACCGGUUGUAAGAACCAUAGUUUCCAAAAUGGGACGAUGGUGGAGGAUCUUCUUAGCCAUGCAUGGAAAAGUUGGAGAGAUGGAACGAUUUCAAGUUUGAUUGAUCCUACACUAAAAGAUGGUUCAAAUUCCGUACGUGAUAUGAUUAGAUGCAUCCACAUUGGUCUAUUAUGUGUUCAAGAAGACGUUACUGAUAGACCAACUAUGGCUUCAGUAAUUCUCAUGCUUGGUAGUUUCUCUCUAACGCUCGCCGUCCCUUCAGAGCCUGCUUUUUUCAUCCAUACGAGCACGAAGACAGAAAAACCCCUCUUCGAAGAGUACACUUCAAGUACAGGUUCACAACGCUCUACAGAACAUGAUGUCUCUAUGAAUGACUUAUAUUCCCGAUAGAUAAAUAUUGGUUCUUCUUGUUUUGAUAAUUCUUUGAGAUUAAGUGUAUAUUGAGAUGGUAAAAUGUUUGAAUAUUACACGUA